AUGUCAUAUCGGCAAGCGACCCAUGCAGGAUCUUGGUACGAAGAUGACGAGGAAACAUUGAAUCAGCAACUCACAAAUUGGCUAUCAAUAGCAAAGCCUGAACAAUUACCAAAACCUCCUCAUAGUGUGAUUGAGGUAGAUGUGGCUGGAAUAAGCUCAAAAUUGCAAUAUGAGAACAACAUCCCAAUACCAGUUCCAGGAUUAAAAGCCGUCAUUGCUCCACAUGCAGGUUAUUCUUACUCUGGCAAAGCAGCAGCAUGGGCGUACAAGUGUAUCGAUCCAACAGCAUACGACACAGUUUUCAUUUUAGGACCCUCUCAUCAUCAUUACGUUGAUGGUUGUAUGUUGACAAAAUGCAAAUUGUACGGUACACCAAUAGGCGAUCUUCCAGUCGAUCAAACGAUCACCAAAGAAUUAUACGAAACAGGCAAAUUUGAUGGAUACAUGACAAAACAAAUAGAUGAAGAAGAACAUUCGAUCGAAAUGCAUCUGCCCUACAUACGAAAGGUAUUUGAGAAUCAAGACAUCAAAGUGGUGCCUAUUCUGGUCGGAUCAACUUCUGAUUCGAAAGAAAAUUCGUUUGGUAAACUCUUGGCACCUUAUGUUAAAAGAAGGAAAACGCUGUUUGUCGUUAGCUCAGACUUUUGUCAUUGGGGUAGUAGAUUCCGUUAUACGCAUUAUCAACCAAGCUUAGAGGAGGAUAUCCAACAUUUAAAGGCAUCAAAUCCAGUCAGUCCAAAUAGUCCGCCUAUUCAUGCUUCUAUCAGGGCUUUAGACGGACAGGCAAUACAGGAAUUAACAUAUCCCACUUCCUUGCCUACCCCUGAUGCCCCAGAAGAAGCUCAGAAAGAUUUUGCAAGGUAUUUGAAAUCGACAAAUAAUACAAUUUGUGGUAGACAUCCUAUAGGAGUAUUGAUGGGAGCAUUAGCACAAUUAGAAAGAGAAGGACAACAAUCUCAACUUCGUUUUACACGUUAUGAACAAAGCAGUAAAUGCACUACUUAUCGUGAUAGUUCUGUUUCUUAUGCAUCAGCAUUUGUUCGUUUUGAAUCGUAA